AUGUCCGCAUUAGAAACAAUUAAUCUCUCUCACCUGCCUGCAUCUUGGCCGGUUCAUGUCGCGCUCUAUAAGGAUGUGAAGAACGCGCCUUUCCUCCGGCAGCAGCUUAUUUCAGGAAACUCUGAUUUUGAAUAUGCGCUCAUUGACGCGAGCAUGAUCCUGACAAGGACCCAUGUUCUCUCAGCAGUCUUUCGGGCUAUCAAUGACUAUACAAAUGCACGCCUCAAAUCACGCAACAUUCACUCGGAGAUAGUCUUCUCGCUGAGCCCUGCGAAUAAUAUAGCUGAUUCUUUCCGGAAGUUCGGCAUCACGGACUCCACGAAAGAUUUACUGGUGGUGAAGGUGUCUGUCACUCCUGAGAUUACUCAUGAGUCAGUGGCAACACAUCUCGGGGCUUCGAUUGAAGGCUCUGCUGUACCAUUCAAUGACGAAACGCUUGUCGCAACCUCAGAUGUCGCGAAGAUCAAGAAGGCCUAUAAGCUAGGUGGAUUGGCUCCUACACCUGCGAAGACGAAUGACACCAAGAAUCACGAAAGACAACGACUGGAGACUGCCCUUCUGGGAGCCAUUGCAUUACGAGGAGCACUAUGA